CCAGUUUCAUCUCAUUCACCUUCAGUCAAGUUGCACUUUCAUUAAAGCAUGGACUCGCAGACGGACAAUUUACCUUGAUCAAUCUUCAACGUAUCUUUGUUUAUUUUUGAUUCUUGUGUCGGCCAGAUCUCGCCAUGCUCUUAAAAUUUCGUCGUCACAUCGAGGAACAGCGCAUGGGCCGUACAGCUCGUGGUGAUAUGUCGCCACACCAUGAACGCGGCCCCUCCGCCUCGACCUCUGUGUACCUUAAGCCGGCGCCUCUGAUUAUGAAACCGAACGGUCUCGCAACAAGUCGACCAGAGGCAAUCAAAGCUGUUGCCGUUGGAAGGUUGCCCGAUUCAGUAGAAGGUGAUGGGCAUAUGGGGUUGGGUCAGAACGCUCCUGAUCAAUUGCGCAUCAAAAGUUCCAAUGCCCCCCGCGACAAAGUUCCCCUCCGACCCUUAAAUGCUCCUUUGCCGCGAGGCGCAGCUCCCGUUCAAAUGAGGCUGUCGUCCCCGAAUUCUCCAACUCAGCCUUCCACAGAACCUUUAAAGAGGACCAUCGAAUACAAUCUGCCUUUGGCAUCUCAGUCAGCUCACGAGCUUGCCUUUCCGAAACAAUAUCAGCUACCGCCCAUAACGAUAUCGCACAGACUUAGCGUAGCUAAUUUGCUAAACCAAUCAUCCGUAAAGGCAGACUCUCGAAUAAACAGUCGCGAUUUUGGGGAUGCCCGGGAAGCUGCUACGUCCGGUGGUAGGCGCAAGCGAAAUUCAAUUCUACGAAGAGACAGCUGCAACGAUUCUCGAAGCAAGUCACUAUCGCGUGGAAGUAUAGGCAGCGUUCAACUAUCUACCCUUCGGCAUCAGAACCAACUGGAGACGCUGGCUAAGCUUGAUGGAAGUUUGAAAAUCACUGCACCAUUUACCCGGCGACUUCAAAAUCAACUAGAGAAGCUGUCCAAGUUUGAAGUCAGCAAAGAAGCAGCUGCGCCAACGGAAGCGCAGAGCCAAAGCAAAACCGCCACAUCGCCGCCCUCUGAUAAUAGUCGAUUUAGUGCACCAUUUCUGGACGUGGACACUGAGGAAGAUGACGAUUCUGAAGGGUCAACGUCGCCGAGCGAUUCUUCUGUCCCGCUGGAUGCCGCGCCUCCAGGCUUCGCUGAGACCGACUCACGGCGAUCAUCGAUUUCCACAGUCGAAAGCAAGGCAAGCAACAACGCGGAUUCCUGUUAUUGGAGUAGUAAUUCCCUACCCGGAUCUUACCCCGGGUCACCUCUGCCAAAUGUCAACAAUGAGGCAAGCAAUGAAACUAUGAGUCCUACCCAGAGGACCACCAAGCAUUCUCUUCCUCCAAAGAUCUCUCUUUCAUCUCUCACUACAAUCGAACCUUUCCUCAAAUUACCGCGACCUGCGCGAUUGGAGUCGUACAUUGGGACGAACGACUCACUACUUGCCGACUGGAUAGAUCGAAGUGAAAUCAAAGGAAAUUCCACCGCUGCCAAACCACACUUCGAGAAUGGAGACCGAGAGAAUGAGAAGGGGACCCGAGACGAUGGCCAGAUACUUCACCAUGAUCAUUGUUCAUUGACAGGUUUACUUACAGUUGAGGAAGAUCUUGGUCAAAAUCAAGAUUUCGCUAGUUUAGCUAAGAUACUCGAGCUACAUGAGCGGAUCAUCACUGCUGCCCCUUUCCUGGCGUCGAAGAAGAACAGAAAUGGUCGACCAAGUUAUGUACCAUUCAAGUCAUCGCGUUCGCCACGACGUACAUAGAGCUCCUGGCCUACGUUUUAUUGAUAUCUAUCAGGAUCGUAUGAUUGGUCCGAGGGUUUAUAACUUUUGAGAAGAAACCCAGUCUUGUCAAUCACAUCAAAAUAGCGCGCGUGUCAGAAAGCAUCCGACGAAUCACGCAUACACUCGAAUCCAUUGCGUAUAUUUGUGGUGCACUUCCACGAUCAACUUUUUUGUGCAUAUUUGACUUGUAUUCUAAUCUCAUUCAUUAUUGCAAUUUGUGAACUAGUUGAGUUGUUUACCUGUUUUUAUUUAUCGUCGUUUUGCAUUUUCUUUUCCGCAUUUCUCUUGUCAUACAAUCCUAGCUGUCUUUUUGUUGUCAUUCACUAUCACUCGUUAAGCACUAAAUCUCUAGAUUUCAUAUCACCGCCAAACCAAUGUGCGUUGUUUAUAAGCAUAUAUAUGAUGGGUCAAUUGUUAGAGCACCAGUCCAUGGUGGCCAAGUCAUACAAUGUG